GACACAGUUACCCCAAAACAAAAGAUACGCUCCAUCCUAUUAUUAAAUUACAAAUCUCUCUGAAAUCUGAAACCAACAAUGUCAAGGAUGAAACUGGACCGCAAGCCUCCGCUGGCCAAGUCCCCGAUCCGGGUCCGACCGCCCAGUCUGGUCCUCCGAUCAGGCGCAACCUCUCUGCAAACCCCACCAGGGUCGCUGACGAAAUCCCAGAAACCGAGCCGGAUGGAGGAACCGGAUCUCCGGCCAGAGUACCGCUCCAUUUCCUGCGAAUUGAGGGCUCUGGCUAAGAUGGUCGGCAAGGAAUUCGGGGAUGAAGAUUGCGAAAAGGCCGGUGGGGUUCGUGCUAAUUCAAGCCCUUUGUUUGAGAGGGGGAGAUUCUAUGAGGAAUACUCUGCUAGAAGAAAUGAGAGGCUGAGGAAGAAGUAUGGCGGAACAGGGGAGGAGUUCAAGUCUGCGUUUAAGCAGAAGCUGGGGGUUGCGGUGGAGUCUGCGAAGCGAGGCAGUGGGACUAGGAAGCUCGAAAGCAUCAGGAAAUCGGUGUCUGCGGCCUACUCGGUGGAGCCGCCGAGGUAUAUGCUGAGAAGUAUGAGCAAGGAUAAUAAGAAGCCUCCUCUGUCUCAGCCUCCUGCUCUGUAUUCUGCUCAGAAAUCCGUGAUAGGAGGGGGAAGGAAGACAGCAUCUCGAAGAGUUGGGUAUUAGGAAUUUGGGAAUUUGAGUAAUGGUGUUUAUGUUUUUAGUAAUAUGGCUUGCCUUUGAUUCUUUGUUUCUGAAACUCUGUGAUUUGGAGUUGGGGAUGAACUUGUGGGGUUAUAUUGGCUUGCCUCUGUUUUCUUUGUUUAUGGAACUCACUGUUGUUCAUUCAGAUGUUAUUGUCUGAGUAACAUGUUAGCAGUUCUAGAUAUUGUUAUUGUUGAAAAGAUUAUUGGCUGGACCAAAUUUGUCUUGCAAUUA